AUGUCGUGUUUAACUUUUCAUUUUUUCCUACUACAAUUUUUCACGGGCGAAACAGCGGCUGAUCGUUCGGUAGAGAAUGCUAUCGGAAACGGCGAAGUCGACAGAGACAGCUUGAACAAAGCGCUCUGCAUCCUUAUCGCCAAGGUGGACAGGUUCUACUCGAAGGUUGGUCACGAAUUGAACCUUCGUUCAUUGCGCGAGCUGUGCUUGGCGGUCACCUCGGCCAGCGAGAAUCGGAUCUUCUACUCUGGGCGGAAGGCUGCUGUGCUCACUCCGACCACCAAUCUGCUCACAAGGGUUUCUGACAUCCUAUCCUCUCUCGGAAAUCGGCCGCUAGUGCACCAGAUGCUUGUAUGGCCGAUAGUAUGCAGUCAUUUUGUGCAUGUUCCCAACCAGAGUGAUAUGAUUCAGUCACGUGUUGGUGUUAUAGCGCUCUCCGACACGAUUUCAUCCCUUAUCCUCGCCGAAUCCCAAGGCCUCUGCUUCAAUCAAAUGCUCGUCGCUCCAUUUCAGACCAUCGCCUGCUCCGAAACGUGCUCGCCUGAGACUCGUGAACAAAUCGUCGCAGUAUUGGCCGAUUUUGUGAAGACGAAGUCGGACCGAAUAGGAUCAGGUUGGAAAACGUUGUUCGGCACUCUUCGUGCCGUUCGCACUUCAGAGGUUGACGAUGCUAGCGUGCACUGGACGGUGCUUGAUGUCAUCGGAUACGUCUAUAGCCAGUCCUUCAGAGAACUUCAGACAAAAGAUGCGGCGCUCCGUCUCAUCACGCCGACCUACACCGUAAUCCUCAACCUCUUCAGAACCGUGCAUAUCGCCAACCCAAAUCUACUACACCGGUAUGGCAAUAAAUUUCCGAUACCAGAGCGGCUGCCUUCAAAUCAGAUGGAUGGUGGAAGAAGUGAUGCGAAUCUUCGGCAAGCAGUGGGCAUAAGCACUCAGAUGGUAGUCGACAUCCUGUCCCUCGAUCAAAGUUAUUACUUACACUUUUACGUAUUGUCAGUGGUUAACGUUUAA